CGUUGUGUUCGUAUGCUCUUCACCCUGCUCCUGCCCACUCUGCUUGUCACCUGCCCCCUGAUAACCCCAUCACUCCUGAAAGAUCCUGAGUGCCUGGAUUUUGUCAUCCAGCGCUGCAGGAUGCUCCCAUUUGUCCUGAGGAAAGCUGUCCCAGACGGAGAGGAGGAGAUGGAAGUAGAUGCAAAGAUUGAUAUGGAGGAGGAGAUGGAGGUGGAUAUUGAGAUUGAUGUGGAGGAUGAGAUGGAGACGGAGGGAGCAGACACUGGAGAGGAGGAAAUGGAGGUGGAUGUGGAGGUGGAAGAGGAGAUGGAAGUGGAUGUGGAAGAGUCCAUUGAGGACAUGGAUAUUGAUUAAAAAGGUGCGAUGGAUAUCAUGGACAGAGAUGCCACCCUUUUGUACAUACCUUUUACAUUUUGUUGUUGUCUUAUAGGUUUUAGGGCUUUUUGUCUUCUGUAAAUAUGUUUCAUCUAUUUUUGCUAGAUAUGUUCUUAUGUAUAUAUGUUCUAUCGAUUGUUGUUGUUACAAAUAUUCUUACAAUGUAAAUAUCUUCUGUAUUUUU